GUGUAGGGGGCGACGUUGGUGCAUAUCUCAAUAUCUGCUCCUGCUGUGUUGGCUCUUAUCGCUGCUCCCUCCCCGUCGCCGCUCCGUCCGAAAAUAAUCCAAUCCCCUCGCGCGACGACGACGACUACAAAAAGUGCACGAAGCUAUAGUCUAGUACUCUAGUGCGCGCCCACGCAGAGAGUAGACUAUAGUGUAUUGCGUAUAUCUAUAUAGCGUUAUGAGAGCUGAAGAGUAGCUGCUGCUUGUCGUGCGGGGAGAGAGCGAGAAAAUAACAACCGAUCGAGCGAUCCUCGCGUCGGGACGUCCAUUUUCCAUUACGAGUCGACGUCGUCCAAGCAUACCCUCGUCAGUACUGAGUACAGUCCGUGCAGCGCCUAUUGCUACAUCGCGAGUCUCCACACACUGCACUGCACAGUGCACAGUGUGGCUCGUCGACUCGCGCGAGCUCUGGAGAGAGAGAGAGAGAGAGAGAGAGAGAGAGAGAGAGAGAGAGAGAGAGAGAGAGAGAGAGAGAGAGAGAGAGAGAGAGAGAGAGAGAGAGAGAGAGAGAGAAGGGAGAAAGACAGGGAGUACGGAGUAUAGAGGCAUAUACGAGACGAGACUGUGUGCAGCGCAAAAAUAAAAACUCCGAGCUGGCGGACAAAGAGGAGCCUGGCUCUUGGCGUUUUCACGUCCGCCUCGGCCCAGUGUCUCGUCUCUGACCAUCGCGGCGCAGCGUAUAGUAUACCUCAGCAGGCUCACGCCUGAGUGCGAGAGAGAAAGAGAUAAGGAGGACGUCGCGAGCGAGCGAGAGGGAGAACGAAAAUUCGUUCCGUACACUGCGGAGAGAGAAGCACCGUUGCAGUGCGUUACUGUGACGUGAUGACGAUGCUUCUACUGCUGCUGUUGGGAGCGAGGAGAGCUGACUCUCUACUGCUCGCCUGCUGAGACACUGCGACGUUGAUACGUAGGUACCUAACACGAGCGAGACAGAGAGUGUGAGUCGUGCUAGUUGUACACCUAUUGGAGAGACCCCGGAUGAAGACCGACUUCAGGAUCGACUGACGGGAGGUCAAUGUUGAUAUUUUUCGAGACUGACCCCGCUAGAAUGUCAACAUUUUUCUCGCGUCGCACCUAACGCGCCUAAAGAAAACAGCAGAGUGCCAGCACUCGUGAUUUUGCGGAUCGUUCAACGUUCUACAUUUCAAGAGCUCGGAUUUGGCCUGAAUCACGGUGGACGCACGGGCGCGCUUUGUCUCUGCUGUUCUAUACACAAGUGCCCUGGCCUGCUGCGACAGGCCAAUGUCUCCACUAUCAGUCGAGGAGUCGUCCAGUGUUUUCUAGUGACAGUGCAGUGUAAUUGAAUAAUAGGAGCAAAGAAGCUAGAGCAAGAUGGCAGAGGUAGAUCCGGAGACCCUGCUCGAGUGGCUGAGCAUGGGACAGGGUGAUGAAAGAGACAUGCAACUGAUAGCGCUGGAGCAGCUCUGCAUGCUGCUGCUCAUGUCUGAUAACGUUGAUCGAUGCUUCGAGAGCUGUCCACCCAGAACAUUUUUGCCAGCCCUUUGCCGUAUAUUCUUGGAUGAGCUGGCCCCGGACAGCGUUCUGGAGGUGACUGCCAGAGCCAUUACUUACUAUCUUGAUGUCUCUGCAGAAUGUACACGACGAGUGGUGGCUAUGGAGGGUGCCAUCAAGGCCAUCUGCAGUCGUCUCUCUUGUGCUGGACUUGGAUCAAGAGCCAGCAGAGACCUGGCCGAACAGUGUAUAAAGGUUCUGGAACUGGUCUGCGCCAGAGAAGCAGGUGCAGUCUUCGAGGCUGGCGGCCUUCCGUGCGCUCUGUCUUUUAUCCGCGAGCACGGCGCUCAGGUGCAUCGUGACACCUUGCACUCAGCCAUGGCUGUAGUCUCGCGACUCUGCGGAAAAGUCGAGCCCCAGGACAAGUCUUUGCCCGACUGUGUGGAGGCCCUGUCGACGCUUUUGCGUCAUGAGGACGCCCACGUGGCCGACGGCGCGCUACGUUGCUUCGCUUCACUGGCUGAUAGAUUCUCCAGGCGCGGCACCGAUCCGGCACCGCUCGCUUGUAAUGGAUUGGUUUCUGAAUUGCUCUAUAGACUGUCGAAUGCAGCCGGCCCCAUCUCGUCGAUCAACACCACACCAGGAAACCCCAAGACUCCGCCAACACCGAGCGUCGCGGCUACGACCAUUCCCGCGCCUGAAGCCAAAUCUUGUGCCUCCGUAUCGACCAUCAUCAGCCUCUUAUCUACUCUGUGCCGCGGUUCAGCUUCGAUAACCCAUGACUUGCUGCGUUCCGAACUGCCGGACGCUAUUGAGAAAGCUCUGAAAGGCGAUGAGCGAUGCGCUCUAGAUUCCAUGCGAUUGGUAGAUCUGCUGCUGGUGCUUUUGUUCGAGGGCAGGUCGGCUCUUGGUCGAGCCAAUGCAAGCGGUGGCUCAUCCGGACCACUUCUACCUCGACUUCGACGACUCGACAGUGCCGGAGAGAAAUCGCAUAGGCAGCUGAUAGACUGUAUUAGAUCCAAGGACACCGAUGCUUUGAUCGAGGCGAUAGAAUCAGGCGGUAUCGAGGUGAACUUUAUGGAUGAUGUUGGACAGACCCUACUCAACUGGGCCUCAGCUUUUGGCACCCAGGAAAUGGUCGAGUUUCUCUGUGAUAAAGGAGCUGAUGUUAACAAAGGUCAGCGCUCUUCGAGUCUUCACUAUGCUGCGUGCUUCGGGAGACCGGCUAUCGCUAAAGUUCUGUUAAGACACGGAGCCAAUCCGGAUCUCCGCGACGAAGACGGAAAGACACCGUUAGAUAAAGCGAGAGAACGCGUGGAUGAGGGUCACCGUGAGGUCGCCGCCAUCUUACAAUCCCCGGGCGAGUGGAUGCUGCCACCGCCUAGCCAGGACGAUAGAAAGCUGGAAAACGAUGUCAAGGAAUUUACCGAGCCCAAGGGCGAUCCUGAGAUGGCUCCUGUAUAUCUGAAAAGACUGCUACCCGUGUUCUGCUCGACUUUCCAGUCGACGAUGCUGCCGAGCGUGAGGAAAGCGAGUUUGAGUCUAAUACGCAAGAUGGUACAUUACAUUCAGCCAGAGUUACUCGCUGAAACCUGUGGUGCCGACAAGACCACCGGCUGUGGCGCUAUGCUCGUCGAAGUUAUUGCCAACGUACUCGACAACGAGGAAGACGAGGAUGGUCACCUGGUAGUGCUGCAAAUGAUCCAAGACCUGAUGGUCAAGGGCAAGGAUGAGUUCCUCGAGCACUUUGCCCGUCUUGGAGUUUUUUCAAAAGUCGGCGCCUUAGCAGGACCGCAGGAUGCUACUUCAGAACCAGAAAUAGAAGCCAGUAGUAGCGUAGUUCAGACAACACCUACAACUACGACCAACUCGGAGGAGCAGAAGCUUGAAGAUGCGAAGGAACUGCUAGUAGGCAAGGCCUACCACUGGAGGGAUUGGUGUAUUUGCCGUGGUCGCGACUGUCUGUACGUCUGGUCAGAUGCAGCAGCAUUGGAGCUAUCAAAUGGAAGCAACGGCUGGUUUAGAUUCAUCCUAGACGGCAAGUUGGCUACAAUGUACUCAAGCGGCAGUCCCGAGGGAGGCACUGACACAACAGGAAAGGGAGGGAGGAACACCGAGUCUCUGACCACUGAAGAAAAUCGCGGCGAGUUUUUGGAAAAGUUGCAGCGAGCUCGCAGUCAGGUGAAACCCAACUCUGUCAGUCAACCAAUAUUGUCGAGACCGGGUCCAACAAGGCUGGUUAUCGGUAAUUGGGCUCUGUCUAGUAAAAAAGAUAGCGAGCUGUGCAUUCACAACAGCGAUGGACAGCAGCAAGCUACGAUUUUGAGGGAAGAUCUACCGGGUUUUAUUUUCGAAUCGAACAGAGGAACGAAGCACUCUUUUACUGCGGAAACGAGUUUAGGUAAAUGUCCAGAAUUUUCCGCGGGAUGGGCAGGAAAACGAGGCAAGCGUUUGCGCUCAAAGAUGGAAGCAAUAAAACAAAAAGUAAAGACCCAGGCCCAAGAGAUCUACGAAUGCUACUUCAAAGCAGCCCAGGCUCAACCUCGCGGAGUCGUGGCGAAACUAGCAGCAAUCGUUACCCAGAUAGAAAAAGCCUGCCACAAACAGCAACAACAAUCUGGCAGUCGCGAGUGGCGUACAAUCUUACAGAGUGCUUUGGAUGAGUUAAAGGUACUCUUGAACGAAGAGGGUAAAGUAUCGGCCUACGAACUGCAUUCCAGUGGCCUCAUACAGGCGCUCCUGGCACUUCUUGCUGCACCGCCUAACACCAGCGCGCAACAGUUCUCACCGAGAAUGAACAAGUUGAGGCUUCAAAGAAUAGCUGUAUUUAAGAGCUGCUUUCAGUCCAAAGACACUGAUAAAGGUGACAACUUUGCAAAGAUACUCGUACAGAAACUUGUAUCUGUGCUAGAAUCUAUCGAGAAGUUGCCGGUUUAUCUGUAUGAUACUCCUGGAUCUGGAUAUGGAUUGCAGGUUUUAACGAGACGGCUGAGGUUUAGAUUAGAGAAGGCAGUUGGUGAAAGUGCAUUGAUUGAUAGAACUGGUAGAAAUUUAAAGAUGGAACCACUUAGUACUGUACAGCAAUUGGAAAAUCAUUUGUUAAAAAUGGUCGCCAAACAGUGGCAUGAUCAUGACAGAGCUACAUUUACUUUUGUUAAGAAACUAAAAGAAGGAAAUAAAAUAAACUUUAAGUAUCAACACGACUUUGAUGAAAAUGGAGUAUUAUAUUGGAUAGGAACAAAUGCAAAAACAUGUCCUGAAUGGGUGAAUCCCGGUCAAUAUGGCCUCGUAAUAGUUACUUCGAGUGACGGUCGUAAUUUGCCGUAUGGACACCUUGAAGAUAUUCUCAGUCGAGACCCAUCUGCUAUGAAUUGUCAUACCAAUGAUGACAAAAGAGCCUGGUUCUCCAUAGAUUUAGGAGUUUGGAUUAUACCAACAGCGUAUACAUUAAGGCAUGCUAGAGGCUACGGUAAAAGCGCUUUAAGAAAUUGGAUGCUUCAGGCAUCUAAAGAUGGUAUAAACUGGACAACGAUUUACACCCACGUAGACGAUUGUUCGUUAAACGAGCCGGGAAGUACAGCUACUUGGACCUUAGAGCCACCAGCAGUGAGUGACGACUCUCAAGGCUGGCGUCAUUUGAGGUUGCAACAAACCGGCAAAAAUGCUUCAGGUCAGACUCAUUACCUGUCGGUAUCGGGUUUCGAAGUUUACGGUGAAGUCACCGGCGUUUGCGAAGACUUAGGACGAGCUGCCAAAGAAGCUGAGGCUUGUGUGCGCCGACAACGGCGGUUGAUUAGAUCACAAGUUUUGAGACACCUGGUAGCAGGUGCUAGAGUUGCUCGAGGUCUAGAUUGGAAGUGGAGAGAUCAGGAUGGUGUACCUCCUGGUGAAGGAACUGUAACAGGAGAACUUCAUAACGGAUGGAUCGACGUCACAUGGGAUAACGGAUGUUCAAACUCUUAUCGAAUGGGUGCGGAGGGAAAGUAUGAUUUGAGACUCGUUUGCAGCGGUAAUACUAGUAUGGAAACUUCAACUGAUAGUGCCUCCAAAACUAAGAAUGGUAGUGGUGUAUUGACCGGACGUAAAUCUAAUAGUACUCCUAGUCUACCUGAUUAUUGCACUGAUACGGGAAUUCGUUGUUCUGUUGCUUCGACAGAUCAAGCUGCAAGUGCUGAUAAUCUUGCAGCUAAACAGGCUGCCGAGUCCAUAGCAGAAAGUGUCCUUUCGGUGGCCCGCGCCGAAGCAGUAGUAGCCGUCACAGGAGAAAGCGGUGUCAACUCAACGGGCGAGCUGUCAGUCGUUUUGCACCCAAGACCAGAUACCGCAGCAGUCACCAGUGAUCUGGCCACAAUUGUUGAAAGCUUAGCUUUGAACACAGAUUGUUCCUCAGCGACAGCAUCUGGAAAUGGAAACAGCAAUAGAACAUCGAACAGCUCUAAACCUCUAUUAUCAGCAGUUCGUGGUGGAAACAAGCCGGCGAGUGGUUUAUUCAGCCUAGAAGCAGCGGAGGUACUCGACCGCAUGCGAGAGGGAGCCGACAGACUACGAAACAACACUAACAGUUUCCUUAGUGGUGAGUUACUUGGCCUAGUUCCAGUUAGGAUCAGUGUGUCUGGUGAAUCAGAUGAAAAUUCCAUGCGAAUUCGGCCUGCUCCGAGAAGUCACGUGGCAGCCGCCGCAGCUGCUGCAGCCAUCGGUGCUACCGAAGGCUCGAAGGAUUGCUGUCCUCGGGACAAAGACGCAAGUUCAUCCUCGCAAAAUACAGCAGCAGGAUGUCCCGUCGUCGUAACCACCAAUCCUAUGUCCGUGUCCGUGCCGAAUCUUGCUUGUAGCGAUACUACUAACAAUACCCUGGAACCGGUACCAGCAUCUGGUUUGCUUGAAACUUUCGCGGCGAUGGCUCGUAGGCGAACUCUAGGACCAGCGGCUAGCCAACAUAUAGCCUCAAACACCAUUCCUAGCUCGAACUCAAGAGGAUCGAAUCCAGUUUCCAGUUUGGUCAGACUAGCUCUCAGUUCGAACUUCCCAGGUGGUCUACUUGGCACUGCACAGAGUUACCCAAGCUUGACAAGCAGCAGCCAAAUUCCGGGUACAACGACAUGCUCGGGCGGAGUUGGCGGCGGUGGUUUAGGACAGGCUCUUACCAUGUCCUUGACCAGUACAAGUAGCGACAGCGAACUGGUCAGUCUUGAAGAAUUCUUGGAGGCUUGUGGUGAAGUUGCGGCCUCAAGUGUUGGAGGAGCACGUGUAGGUGGUGGACCAACAUUUUUAACGGAACCGGAAGAUGACGAGGAUGGAGUUUUAGCCGAGGAAGAUGAUGAUAACGAUGAAAAUGAUGAACAAGAGGUCGAUGAUGACGAAGAGAAUGAAGAGGAGGGCGGCGACGAAGGAGAAUACCAAGAAGUGAUGGUGAGUCGUAAUUUACUUGCUGCAUUCAUGGAGGAAGAGGCAGCACCGCCAAGUAGCAAGCGACGAGCUUGGGAUGAUGAGUUUGUACUAAAACGCCAAUUUUCUGCCUUGAUUCCUGCUUUCGAUCCAAGACCUGGUAGAACGAAUGUCAAUCAAACUACAGAUUUAGAAAUUCCGCCACCUGGAAGUGAAGCUCGAGUACCGGCUAACGCUGGAUCAGCAACGAUAACUGGACCAAAACUAUCCCUUUCCUUGAAAGGGCCGGGCCUACCAGGAAUUCCUGAUGUAGAAAUACCUUUAGUUGAACCUCAUGCUAGUAUUUUCCAAUCAGUGCAGCAGUUGAUGCAACUCACUGAGUUAGGAAGCAAACAGGAAAAGCUCAGAAGAAUAUGGGAACCAAUUUAUACUAUAAUAUACAAAGAAGCUAAAGACGACGAAUCAUCGGGUCGAGCAACUCCUAUAGUUAAUCUGUAUUCUCGCAACGGAAAUCAAAAUACGAAUGGUUGUACCGUCGAAGACGUGUUGCAACUUUUGCGCCACGUGUACGUUCUUGGCACGAGCAAUAGUAGUGUCGGUCUGAACAACAGUCGAACGAUACAGAUUCAUCAGGAGGAGGAACAUGAUUCAAACUGGGUGCAUCCUGACGAUUUCACUUCGAAAAAGAUCACAAACAAAAUAGCCCAGCAGAUUCAAGAUCCGUUGGCCUUGGCUGCUGGUGCUUUGCCCAGCUGGUGUGAGGAGCUGGCGAGAAGUUGUCCUUUCCUUCUACCCUUUGAAACUCGUCGUCUUUACUUUAGUUGCACAGCUUUUGGAGCUUCGCGUUCGAUUGUUUGGCUACAGACGCAGCGUGAUGCUGUCCUAGAAAGGCAAAGAGCACCUGGGCUUAGCCCAAGACGGGAUGAUGUACACGAGUUCAGAGUGGGUAGAUUGAAGCACGAACGUGUAAGUGUACCAAGAGGUGAUAAGCUAUUGGAUUGGGCAGAACAGGUUCUUAAGGUUCACGCAAGUCGGAAAAGCAUUCUGGAAGUUGAAUUCGUUGGCGAAGAAGGUACUGGCUUGGGCCCAACUCUCGAGUUCUUUGCGCUUGUCGCUGCAGAACUGCAGCGCAAAGAUUUGGGACUGUGGUUGUGCGACGACGAAGAUCCACGUUUGGAUGGCGACUACAAAUCCGAGAAUAAUGAUCAUGCGCGAUCAGCUGGUUACUACGUCACCCGCUCGAGUGGACUAUUUCCCGCGCCGCUUCCCCAAAAUUCAGAAGCUUGUGAUCGGUCAGUUCGAUAUUACUGGUUCCUUGGAGUGUUCCUGGCCAAAGUUCUGCAGGACAAUCGGCUAGUUGAUUUGCCGUUAUCGCGACCUUUCUUAAAACUGAUGUGCCGAGGCGACAUCACAAACAACGUAAACGAGCGAAUUGGAUUAACAACGUCAAAUGUUGCAACACAGGAGAGCAUGUCAUCGAGUAUGGCAAGCAGCUUUAUAUCGGACGAUGGAGACCAAGACGAUCAGGAUGAUUUCGAUCUGGAACCCACACCUUGGUACGAUGGAAUUCUAGAUAUCAAUGAUCUUGUGUCAGUUGACCCUGUUAGAGGAGAAUUCUUAAAAGAAAUACAGACUCUAGUUUCAAAGCGGGAGCGAGUUAUUUCAGAGGGCCACUCCUCUUCUGCUGAGGAUAGUUUUAUCGGAGAAACGCUUUAUAUAUCCCAUACCUCGGGAACAUCUGUCCCCAUCGAAGAUUUAGCUUUAACAAUGACUUAUUCGCCUAGUUCCAAAGUAUUCAAAUAUGACCAUGUUGAGUUGAAGGAGGGAGGCAUGGAUGUUCCUGUUACUAUAGAAAACGCUAAAGAGUAUACUGAACUGACUAUUAACUAUUGUUUUGAUCGCGGUAUUGCCAGGCAGCUUGAAGCCUUCAAAGCAGGUUUCUCUAAGGUCUUCCCUAUGGAAAAAUUAUAUGCCUUUAGUCCCGAAGAAAUUAGAGCUAUGCUUUGUGGUGAACAGAAUCCGCAAUGGACUAGAGAAGAUUUAUUAAAUUAUACAGAGCCAAAAUUAGGAUAUACCAGGGAGAGCCCUGGCUUCCAGAGAUUUAUCAACGUUUUAUUAUCUCUUGACGGCCCAGAGCGAAAAGCUUUUCUACAAUUUGCCACGGGCUGUUCAGCGCUACCUCCAGGUGGAUUGUGCAAUCUACAUCCCAGACUGACCGUUGUUCGAAAAGUUGAUGCAGGUUCCGGAGGUUAUCCAUCGGUUAAUACUUGUGUACAUUACUUAAAGCUACCCGAGUAUCCAACAGAAGAAAUUCUCAAAGAAAGACUUCUCGCCGCUACUCGUGAAAGAGGUUUCCACCUGAAUUAAGAAACUUUGUGUGCAAAGUUUAUUAUUACUUUAAUAAUAAUACAAGUGUUGGAUGAUCAUUUUGUAUAUCUUCGAGAAAGGAUAGCAAAGUAGUAAAAGUUCAUCGAGUUUUGUUUUCUUGAUGUACGAUGUAUGUUGGAUGUACGUGCACGUACAGAAGCACAUUUUACGUACGAUGAUUUGUCCUUGUCGUCGGAUUCGAGUGUGUCCAACAAAAUGAAAAAUGUAUUACUUGAUGUGCGUAUGUUGGAAAUACCGUUUAUAGCAGAAGGCUAUACAGUGGGUGAUUUUUCUACGCUUGCGGGAAUAAGUAUAACCGCGAAACUCGUCCAUAAUACUAUUGACAUAGUCGAUUUUUGUAAAAUACCUUGACCAGCGCGUUCAUAUACCCCAUCACUCCCUGCUGCUGAUCCUAUGCUUACUUUUAACAAUAGAGUAUAUACAUUUAUUACGUGUUUGGGUGACUUCAUAAUUAUUAAAAAAUAUAUAAUUGAAUAGGUCUUACAAUUACAAAUAAAGCAAAGGGUGUGAUUAAAGCCAAGUUCUAAACAUCACAAAUGAUUAUGAAAUAACCACAAAGAUGUUACCAGACCAAGCUCGCGCGUUUCAACGCUCAAAAAAUUGUUACACAGAUGUCAUUAUGCGUUUCUAAUAUGAUAAAUAUUAUAAUACAAACCCUUAUGAAUGUGUAACAUCAAAUUUUUGAGCGUCAUCAAAAAAGGAGUGUACUUGAAAAGAAUAAUACUAAUAGUUGCUGCUCCUUUUCUUUAUAAUAGACUAUUUAUAUAUUUACGAUAAAAUGAAAUCGGGACGGAAAAUGUAUGUAUACUUGCAUCAAGAAUGUCAACACAUUCCGUGUUGAGUGUGAUGUAGAUUAUACAAAUGUGUGAGAGGAAGAGAGCGAAUAUUAACACAGCGUAAAAAUAAAAGAAAACUAGUUGCUACUAUGGCGAUGUAAAUUAUUAUAUUAAUAUUGUUGUAUGAAGUUUUUGGGGAGAGAAGAAUAAAUGAAAUUACGUUAUCGACAGAUA